UACGCUGAAGUCUGUGGUGAUGUCUAUGUGAUAGCGUAGUCAUCGACCCCGCUCACUCGAGCUGCCCUGUGAUACAAAUCCAGCACUUCUGUCCACUACUGCGCCAUCUCGUUACGUUAGCUCGCUGGCUAGAAGAAAGCUAGCUCACUGUUCAAGGGGGCGAAUCGCUGGUUCUCCAAAGGGACGACCAAAGUAACAAUUUGACAGAUUUUACCGAAAGCAAGACAUUUUACUCGUAAAGGUCGUGUAUAAAUCGCGAGGGGCGAAGGUGAAGGUCGAGACACCAGCCCAAACUGAUCCCAGCCCACAGUGUCAUACAUCAGACAGACGACAGCCCUGCACACAGACGCUAUGGAUCGUUCACCCACCACCUCCAGCCUGAUGGCCAGCAGCAACGUCACCAACAAAACCGACCCGCGCUCCCUCAACUCUCGGGUCUUCAUUGGCAACCUCAACACCCUGCUGGUCACCAAGGGAGAUGUCGAAGCCAUCUUCUCCAAAUACGGUAAGAUCGUAGGCUGCUCCGUCCACAAGGGCUACGCCUUCGUUCAGUACGCCAAUGAGAGGAACGCCCGAGCGGCUGUCAGCGGGGAGGACGGGAGGAUGAUUGUCGGACAAGUACUUGACAUCAACUUGGCUGGAGAACCCAAACCUCACAGGUCAAAAACCACCAAACGCUCAGCUGGAGACAUGUACAGCAGCAGUUCCUCAUUUGACCUCGACUAUGACUUCCAGAGAGAUUAUUACGACAGAAUGUACUCGUACCCGUCCCGUGUUCCUGCUCCCCCUCCCCCCCUGUCGCGGGCCGUGAUCCCAUCCAAGCGCCCGCGGGUCAGCCUGAGCGGAGGAAGCAGCCGGCGAACCAAGAGCAGUUUCUCCUCUUCCUCCAAGAGCAGCCAGAGGACUUCAUCAUCCAGAACAAUGAAAGUGGACGAGCUGCAGACCAUCAAGCGGGAGUUGACCCAAAUCAAAAGCAAAGUGGAUGACCUGCUGGAGAGCCUGGAGCGCAUGGAGAAGGACCACAGCAAGAAGUCAGGUAGGGAAGCUAAGAGCAUUAAAACGGAGCCAGGAGAGGUGACCUCUCCUCCGCACCCAAGCAACAAGAAGGAUGACGGGAUGAAGAGAGACCGGGAGAGCCAGGAGAUGAACGACUCGGACGAAGAUGACGAUGAGGAGGAGGAGGAGGAAGGAGACCUGCUGGAAGAAGAAGAGGUGAAGAGUCAGGAGAGGGAGGACGAAGAAGAAGAGGAGGAAGAGGAAGGCGAGCACGUGGAAGGUGACGACGAUGGCGACAGCGUCAACGGUGAAGAGGACUCGUAGACACUGGGACGGCACCGACGCAUGCAGCGUCCACUCAGCUUCCAGUAGGAUCUUGGACUCCUGUUUUAACACUCAUAUUGUAGAUUCAAAAAGGAAACGCGUGCACACACGAGCAUGGUGCACACACACACACACACACACACACACACACACACACACACACACUCUCACUCUCUCUCUCUGUUAUUCCAUUGUCCCUAAAUUUUUUUUUGUUGUUUGUUUAUUUUGGCCAGUUUUGGUUUGUGUUUUUACUGCUUCAUUACUGGUCUUCAGGAGGAGACAGAAUCAUGGACUGUUAAUGUUCUCAGAGAAGACAGCUCGACGGACAUGUCUUAAUGCGAGGACGGAAAAUCAGUUACAAAAGACCGUUUUUAGGAUCAGUGUGUUUACCCUCAGUGGUGAGUUUGUUCGACCUUGUGUGUCUGUAUGUUAAUGUCGGUUUUUUUAUACUAUUCAGUUUAACUGUAAAGGAAUAAAUUGCAAUAAAAUAUUAAAAUGAAA